UUUUUUUGUUUUUUUUUUGUUUUUUUUUUAAUUAUACAUAUAUAAGGGCGCCAGGUAUGUAGGCCUAGUAGUGGUUCUGCUGUUUGGACCAUAGAAAGAAAGCAAUAAUCCUGAUUUUAGGCAGCAAUAACAGUGGCAGUGUGAUAAUUGUAUUUUUUUCCCCCUAUAAGGCCAAAGAGAGGCAGAUACAAGAGAGAAACUUCACACCACUUUCAUUGAUCAUUUCACUCACACUGUGGCUCUAUAUCUAAGCAUCCUCCCUCUUCUGCUCAGGUCAUAUCAGCAGUCAUAACUUGACCAAGUGAAUGAUAGCAAGUGUUGCUGCAUGUUUUUAUACCGAGGCAUGCAUGUGAUGUUUUAACUGACUCUGAAUGGCACAUCGCUCAAGCUCACUGCACAGCUCUCACGCACGUCUUCCAUUGCAAGCACAAACCCCCAUCGGACCCCUUAUAGCAUCAUUCCCUAUACAAUCAGCCUAAGAUUAGCGCAAGUCUUCCAGUUUUUUCUUUAGCAUGACUCACUGACGGUGCCAUUUACUGACCAGUUGCAACUCUAUCUACGUCUCAUUAUUUGGCAUUAUUUGGUGCACACAGUCUAGUUGGAAAGCUGCAUCGGGGUGCGCCACUCCUCUGUCUUGGGUGUCAGAUUAUAAAUAGUUGAACAAAGACUUUUUAGGAGCAACAAGAAGCUGAAACCCGAAGCCUGGAGUGAUUCGUCUGGUAACCCUGCACUCUCUGGGACAGAGGCCGGACACACUCCAGAGCCAAGGAGUGUGUGAUUUAGAUCUGGGGAGGUGCAGAGGCGAGGCAAAACAGAGUGUGGGAUUUUAAUCACUUCCGGCACAUUUUUGGGUACCAAAGGGGAUCCGAGAAGCGAGUGGACACCCCCUUGGUUGCACAACAAGAGGAAGAGGAGGAGGAGACUACGCCCUGGGCCCCACCACUACAGGGAGAAACUCUAGCACUUGAGGAGAGGAGUGGACCUUGCCUCAUCGCCCAGACUUCUCUUUUUCAUUGUUACUGAAAGGAAGAGCUGAGCUGUUGUCACACCUGGAAUAGACACCAAGACCCUGCAGAUCUGUCUUGUUAAUCUGUGUGUGUGUGUGUGUGUGUGUGUCUUCCAGUCUGAGGUGUGUGUGUGUGUGUGAGAGAGAGAGAGAGAGAAGGAGACAGUGUUUGUGUGCAUGGUGUGAUGGCAUCGUUGAGAGCCACCAACCUUUCCUCUACCAGGAUGUCUGCAGUUCGGACGCUGCUGCUGCUACCUCUGGGCCUCCUGGUGCUUCAAGCGUCUCUGUGCCAUGGAGCCUGCGUGGAAGUGGACUCGGACACCGAGGCCGUGGCCAACGAAGGCUUCAAACUGGGCUGCAUCUCCUGUAAGAUGAGAGGCGAGGUGCCCGCCACAGCCUCAGUCGACUGGUACUUCAGGGCACAAGAUGAAAGCGAGUACACUCAUAUAUACAGCUAUGAGGACGAGGUGGGCGAGAUCACAGACGAGCGUUUCACCGAACGUCUGGACUGGAACGGCAGCAAGCGGACCAGAGACCUGCAGGACGGCUCCAUCUACAUCCUCAACGUGACCUACAACGACACGGGAACCUACCGCUGCUUCUUCAACCGCAUCCUGACCUUCUCCAACUACGAGUACCACACCAACGCCAGCAAGACCAUCUUCAUGAACGUGGUCCCACGACUCACCAGGGGAAUGGCAUCCAUCUUGUCGGAGGUGAUGAUGUAUGUCUCCAUCAUCGGGCUGCAGUUCUGGUUGGUGGUUGAGAUGAUUUACUGCUACAGGAAGAUCUCGGCAGCGGGAGAGGAAGCCUUGAGAGAGAGCGCGGCGGAGUAUUUAGCUAUAGCAUCGGAGAGUAAAGAUAAUUGUGCAGGGGUACAAGUGGCAGAAUAGCACUGAUCGAGGAAGGAUUCAAAGAGGCUGCCAUGAGGAAUCACAUAUCCGUUUCCUUAUUUUGCCCUCUGACCGUCGCUCGCCUCCCACCAUCCUCUCCACUCGACGGAAAACUAGGACCACAAAGAGGAGAACCCUCUUCACAAAGGCAUUUUUAUUGACUUUCUGCAAAAGGAUGGAAAGGACUUUGCAAUCGGCCGUUCUGAAGUUCAGAAUGGGAGACUCAACCAGGUUGUGGUUCGACAAGGCAGAGAGAGAGCGAGAGAGCGAGAGAAAGAGAGAGAGUGAGAGAGUUGUAUAUACUGUAGGUGUGUAAUUAUGCAAAGAUAAUCUUCAUUAUGAACACUUAGAGAGUAUAAUAUACCCUGUAUAUUCACUAAUUGCAUGCUUAGAGGCCUGUCAAAAACAGACAUGCGUCUGAUGUUCUGUCAUAGUCAUGUUUUCAACUUAGUUUUCAGUCAGUUCAACGUUUUAUCAUGUUUCAUCACAGACAAUGUGUUGGCAGCGAGGUUUGACUGAUAUGGGCUUUUAAAAGCCAAUACUGACUUUUUUGUAAGCUGAAAAUAGUUGAUAUUUUGUGCUGAUAUUAAAUCUUUAAAUUGUAACAUUUUAAUGCCAAAUAUUCAGUGUACAUUCAAAUGCUGGCACAGCAUUUGGGACACUUGAAAUCUUCAAGAAAUGACAAAGUAAUUUCCAAAAACCGCUACUGAGAGGUUUUGCAGACUGUUUUCCUGGAGCUGUAAUCAAGCAGGAGCCUCCAUCAUAUUGAUCACUGGCUGAUAGCUUCAAUGAAAAGCCGAUAUCGGCUUUUCAUUAAACCCAUCAAAUCAGUCAAAUCCCAGCUGGCAGUACAUGCAAACCUGUUCAUUAUUCUUGUUCAGCCAUUUUAACACAAAGGAGUUUGAGAGCAGCUCCUGUUCAAGCAGCUGUGAGGAUGUUAAGCAUCGAGGUCGGUUAAUCGCAGCAGAUGCCAAAACUCGAGUCACGACUGUUACACAUCGAGUGAGAGUCGAUGUACUCAGCUGCAUCUGUCUGCAGCUCUCCAGAGGAGCGAGACCUCCCACCUGGGUUGCAUUUUAUACGAGGAUCACGGUCACUUCACUGAGAGACGUGUUACACUAGGAGUGUUAAAGGGGAAUUCCACUAAAACAGACUUUUAGACUUUCAUUGGAGGAUACUUGAAUGUGUCCUCUGUUUUGGCAUUGGCUGUCAAGAUAAAGGAAAAUGCAGUCAUGACAUCGUUGAAUUACUUCUGGCUUUUAUGGAAUAUUACCAGUCGUGUUUUAAAUGUUUUAUACUUGACAAAAAAAAAAAAAAAAGUUGCUGACAUGAGUUUUUCUCUCAACCAUUUUAGACAAUGCAAACCAUUGAUGUGUGAUUGGAUUUUACUUAAUCCUGAUUAUUUGAAGAAAAAAAAAAUAAGAAUAAUGAUCUGGGAAGAACCGAAACAUUGUCCACUUUUGCACAACCACCAAUCAAAGGUGUGUUUUGUUGGAAUGCCCCUUUAAACUAUCACAGCUGUACAGUAGCCAGGCCUUUUCUUUUUUAAAAAAGAAGACAAAAAAACGGAGUCGACUCUGAUUUGACAUGCAUGAAAAGUCCCAGUUUGCUUCAAAGUCUAUUUGGUCCAACCUGUUAGUGCUGAUCAAAGCUUUCACUGUAUCCUGCUUUUGGUGAGAAACACCACAUCGCAUCUGGAGCCAUCGUGUGACUUCCUGUGAUGCCUGAGAUGAAGAUCACUCACAUUGUUGCUGUGCACCAUCUUUGAAAAUAACAUCACACACACCAACCCAAAAAGAAGAAAAAAAAAAAGAAAAAAAAGGCAACUUUAUCGAUUUACUUGGAGGCAUGAUGUUGAAGAGUCUCUUUGCUUAAUUUUGUCUACAGUGGAAACUUUCUUAUUGAUGUCAAUGUGUAAUUUCACACAAAACGUCUCGGUGUCUUUGUAGAAAACUAAGGGCUUGACAGUUGCUACUAUCUAACCGUUGUGGGCAAAUGUGCCACAAAACCCGUCCAGUGUGCCUCCUAGAGUAAAGUCCAGAGUUGAAGCAGUAGCAUUGUUGCAAAGCUCUUGUGAACAUGCAGUAAAACAGCUUUACUUGCCACUCUUUUCUGGCAGCCGGCAGUCUUGACUAGCGGCUACCACCAGAUGGCAGCAAAACACUGCCAUCCCUGCAUGCGAGUGUUCACUUUUUUUGUACCGGUACUGGCUUUGAUACAUUUUGAGAUACUGAGAAAAGAAAAACACACAAAAAGAAGAAAUGAAUAUAAGUGCAUGCUUUACUGAUGCUGACUAGCCAAGGCCCAAAUUAGAAUGAAUGUUUUUAUUCUGGCGAAAUGCAGAAUGUCUGAUGGGAAUGCAAGCGCAGAUAAACCCUUCCCAGGAAAAAUAAAAAUAUAUAUAUAUAUAACCAUAAGAGGAAAGUAUUAUCUCCCUCCUUGGCCAUACAGGUGAUUUAUAUUAUUGGGUAUAAAUCAUUUAAUAAGCACCUUUUCCCUGCUCUAACAAACUAACCAGUAAUUGAAAAACAUGCUUCCCCCCUCUACACCAUUAGUCUACUGUGUCAACUUUUU